UUUUUUACAGUUCUUCUGGCAAAAUGGCGGAAGUUGAGCAGAAGAAGAAAAGGACCUUCAAGAAAUUUACCUAUCGAGGGGUGGACCUUGACCAGCUGCUCGAUAUGUCCUAUGAGCAGAUAAUGCAGCUGUAUUGUGCUCGUCAGAGGAGGCGUCUGAACCGGGGCCUUCGCCGCAAGCAGAACUCUCUUCUAAAGCGUCUGCGAAAGGCUAAGAAGGAGGCUCCACCUAUGGAAAAACCUGAGGUCAUUAAAACUCACUUGAGGGAUAUGAUCAUCCUGCCUGAGAUGGUGGGAAGCAUGGUGGGAGUUUACAAUGGAAAAUCCUUCAACCAGGUGGAAAUCAAGCCUGAGAUGAUUGGCCAUUACUUGGGCGAGUUUUCCAUCACCUACAAGCCUGUGAAACACGGCAGACCCGGUAUUGGUGCCACCCACUCUUCUCGCUUUAUUCCGCUUAAGUAAUCAUCUGAUGGUGUAAAUAAAGGAUUUUCAAUCUA